AUGAUCCGAUCAGCUCGGAUUCCUUCUGUCCUUUCUAGGAUAUGUGCAGACGAUGUCAUUCAAACUGCCCUUUUUGUAACCGGCGAUGGUGAAUUGUUGGGAUCCACAUCACCGACCUUUGUUGGGGCUGAUGGAAAGACUGAGUCAGUAGAGCACUUGGGGACUCUUAUUGCCGAUAUUGCUGUCGACUACCAACGAUUGGGAGAUGAAUAUGCCAGGUUGGGGAGUGCUGCCAACGCUGACAGUGACGCUCCGACCAAAAAGUCGCAUUUGCAAUGCCUAUUGUUGGAACUGGAUCAAGGAUUGGUGGGUGUAUCUAGCUGUAUGGGAUCGGGUGUCUUGAUUAUAGGAAUUGCCACACCAGAUGCUCCAAUGGGUAUGAUCAAGGCUCGGUUGGAAACCAUUACGGAACAUGUGCAAGAGGCGAUGUCACCACUGACAGAGACUUCAUAUCGAUAG